AUGGGAAACAAAAGGAAGAAUUCACAUCCCAAAACACCUCAGGUUCAUGCCAUAGGGCUGCAGCGGCUGCUGACUCAGGACGAGGAGGGGGACACGCUUCUUCACCUGUUUGCCGCCCAAGGUCUCCGCUGGUCAGCCUAUGCCGCGGCUGAGAUGCUGCAGGGCUACGGACAGCUGGACAUCCGGGAACACCAGGGAAAGACGCCCCUUCUCGUCGCCGCCACCGCCAACCAGCCGCUGAUUGUCCAGGACCUGUUAACCCUGGGAGCUGACCCCAAUGCUACUGACCACCGUGGCCGGACCAUCCUGCACCUGGCCGCCACUUACGGCCUGCCUGGGGUCCUCACGGCUGUGUUUAACUCAGGGAGUCAGGUAGACAUGGAGACCAGGGACUUUGAGGGUCUCACCCCGCUCCAUGCUGCUGUGCUCUCCCUUAACGAGGUCACCCAGCAGCCAGCCUGUGGCUCCAGGACAAUGACCGUCCCAGCACGGGACAGGCUGGCCUGUGUCCAGAUGCUCUUACAGAUGGGGGCUGACCACACCAGCCAGGAAUUCAAGAGCAAUAAGACAGUUCUGCAUCUGGCCGUCCAGGGAGCCAAUCUCGCCCUCGUCCAGGUGUUGCUGGAACUGCCCAGUGGGGAUCCAAGGGCCUUUGUGAACAUGAAGGCCCACGGGAACACAGCCUUGCACAUGGCAGCCGCCCUGCCCCCAGGAUUCCCCCAGGAGCCUAUCAUUCGGGGGCUCCUGGCAGCUGGGGCAGAUCCCGCCCUGCGCAAUCUGGAGAACGAGCAGCCGGCGCACCUGCUGAGCCCCGGACCGGCCUCAGAAGCACUUCGGCAGCUGUUGAAGAGAAGCCGGCCCCCACCUCUGGCCUCCUCCUCAUAGGACUCGUGGCCCAUUACUCGGACUGGUUCUUCAGUCCGCAUCUGUUCAACCUCCCUGUCCCUGAGGGACAACCAAGCGUAUGCUCGUGUAUGCAAACCUAGGAUAAUUUAUUGGAUCCCUAUCCAACGCUGACCUGCCCCCGUCCUGGGGUGUCUUACAUUAAAACUCCCGGGGGCAGGCGGCCUGGACAGAGAAGCUGGGGGAGGGGGAGCCUGUGCUGAUUUCUGUGAAAUCGAAAGCCCCCCGACUUGUUUCUGUGAAACAGACUUAGCCCCAGACGUUCCAUCCAACCCUCUGACCCUCUAAUUAAAUUUGGUUUGGACCCGAAUGGUUUUUUCCUGUCCUUGAAGUGGGGAAUAAGACAAGAGGCGACCUGGGGCCUCCAGGGUGUCCCAGGGGAUACUCUCACAGCCGGCCUUCCCUCGAGGUAUAAGAAACUGAGGCGCAGAGCGGAUGGAGCAAGGAAUGGCGCUGAAGAUCCAGGGGCCCAGGUCCCAAGGGCCCAUCCCUCACUCUGUAACUCGGGUCUGGGUCCUCCUCCGAAGGGGAGGUUCAUCGUUUCUGGAAAGCUGCAGCCUCUAGUGUUCUCGGGGCCCAAGCUGUCCCUCCAACAAUGGGGGCCCUGGCUUCAUGAAGGGCCGUGCCUUGAUUUCUCCCCAACACCCUCCUCCUCCCCACUCUUGGUGGGACACUCCAGGGGCCUUCCAGACCCAACUGGGAUCCCUUCUGGGGGGCACCUGGGGGUGGGGGAGGCAAAGGCAGAGCGAGGGGCGCUCGGGCAGGCCCCUCCCCAGGCUGUUUAUGAGGGUGCAUAGAUCUCAGGCUCACCCCCUACCCAUACCCACCUGGCCAGAGGGAGGGGAGGGAAUAAGCAUUUACAUAGCUCCGACUGUGUGCCUCUGCGCCGGCCUUUACUGGACUUGCCAUAGAUUGUCUCUUUUGAUAAUUCUCAUUCCCUGCUGCCCCCCACCCC